GAAUUUAUUUAUUUCUUCUAUUGUUUAUUCGUAUUGAUGAUGUAUUACUAGAUAUCUCUGUUGCGAUGAUAAUUAAAAAAAAAAAAGAUUUCUUGAAAAGAUACCUCCUCGUCCAGUCGAUAAAGACCAUUGAAAGUACUUGAUGAUAGGGAUGGUUUCUAUUUUAUCAACAUUAAAAGUUAUGUCAGGUACCUAGAGUUACCAACAUUAAAUGUUGUGUUAUUGAUUAACCAAGUUAUGCACGUGGGAAAUUGAAGUAAUGUUUAAAACGAGCUAGAAUCGUAAACAUUUUAAUUUAAAUACCAAAAAUAUCAUAUAACAUAAAUAAACAGUAUUCUCAUUUUCUUUUUAUUUUUAUAUGUUAAACCAUGAAAAUAAAAAAAGAAAAAUCUGUGAAGGGAAAAACGAAAAAACUUGUUACAAAGAAGAGGAAGCAAUUAAAAGAUGCAACUAUGGAUGACUUCUUUAAUCAAACUUUUGACGACGAAAUAAAUGGCAGUGAUAAUCAUGACCAAGGUGAAAAUACCUAUGAAGAUGAUGCUGGAAGUAGCGAAAGUGACAUGGAUCCAGUAGAACAUAAAAAAUCUUUAAUGAGAUUGAAAGAUACAGAUCCUGAGUUUUAUACAUAUUUAAAAGAAAAUGAUAAAAAUCUUUUAGAAUUUAAUAUAUCAGACGAGGAUGAUGAUAUUAAUGAUGAUGAUAGAUCUUCAUUAAAUGAAUUAGAUACAAAACAUAUACCCAGUAGUCGUUUAGAGGUUGCUAGCGAUGAGAGUGAUUAUGAAAUGGAUCAAGGUAGUGAAGUAAGGGACAAACGAAAAAUCACAUUGAAAUUAUUAAAAACAUGGCAAGAAGAUAUUCAAACAGACAAAUCAUGUAAAACGAUUAAAUGUGCUGUAGAAGCUUUCCAUGCCGCGUUAGAGACUGUAGCUGAAUCUGCUGAUCCAAAAUUCUUACAAUAUAAAGUAGAGGGUGGUGCAGUAUUUAAUGAAGUUGUACAACUGUGUAUACUGUAUUUACCGGAUGCAUUUAAGCGUUAUUUAAAACUGAGUUCGGAAACUCAAUCUCAAAUUCAUAAGCUUAAACGGUUUGGAAAAGUAAAAAAUAUUCUCAAGUCUUAUUUAACAGAUUUAAUUAAGAUUUUACAAAAUGUAACGUCGUCUAAUAUUCUCACAAUCCUUUUGAAACAUUUACAUCAAAUGUUACCAUAUACACAAUCAUUUUCAUCGUUAAAUAAACCAUUAUUGAAGAUUUUGUUGAAAUUUUGGUCAACUGGAGAAGAAACUGUUCGUGUUGUUUCUUUUUUGAGCAUAUUACGUAUUGCGACCAGCAAUCGAGAAUCUGUUUUAGAAACAUUAUUUAAGACGAUGUAUGUAAAAUAUGUUGAAAAUUCUAAAUUUGUAUCCCUUACAACUUUACCUGCAAUAAAUUUUAUGAGACAUUCUUUAGUUGAAAUGUAUCUACUUGAUAGUAAUUUAGCUUACAAUCACGCUUUCUUAUAUAUUAGACAACUAGCUAUUCAUUUAAGAAAUGCUAUGACUUUAAAAAAAAAGGAACAUUUUCAAGCUGUGUACAAUUGGCAGUACAUAAAUUCAUUGAGAUUUUGGUCAGAAUUGAUAAAUUUAUCAAAAAGUGAUUCUAUGUUACAUUCACUUUUAUAUCCUCUUGUACAAAUUAUCAUAGGAACUAUCAAAGUAAUACCAACGCCACAAUAUUAUCCCCUGAGAUUUCACUGUUUACAAAUGUUAAUAGAUAUUUCUAGAGAAACUGGAACAUUUAUACCUGUAUUACCAUUUUUAUUAGAGAUAUUAAAUUCCUACGAUUUUAAUAAGAAACAUAAGGCAGUAUCAAUGAAGCCAACACCCUUCAUUUGUAUCUUAAGGAUGUCCAAGUCCCAAUUACAGGAAAAUGGUUUUAAAGAUAAUCUUAUUGAUUCAAUAUAUAAGCUUAUCUUAGAGAAUGCUGCUAAAGAUAGCCAUACAGUAUAUUUUCCGGAUUUAUAUAUACCAUGUAUAAUACAGCUAAAGGCGUUUUUAAAGAAAUGUUGCAUAGCAAACUAUUGUAGAAAAAUGAAACAGCUGUUAGAUAAAAUUGUGGAAAACAGGAAAUAUAUCGAAACAGAACGUAAUAAAACCGUAAUUGAUUUAAAAAAUAUGCAGGAGAUAAAGAACUGGGAGAACAAGAUAAAAGUGCAAGGUACAUCGUUAUCGAAAUUCUACGAAUCUUGGAUAAAAAUCCACCAAUCUCAGAAACUUAAACUACUUACGAAGAAUGAGGAUAUCGCUGAAUAUAGUUUACCAACUAUAAGAAAAUUAAAGAAAGGCAAAGAAGAUAAAGAAGAAAGCAGCGAUGAGAGUGAAUUUGAUAUGAAGAUAAAAUCCAAUGAGGAAAAGUCUGAGAAACGUUCUAGACCAAAAAAGAAAAAGCUGAAAGUUAGCAAAGGCAUUCAGGAUAUUGACUUGCCUAAAGAAAAUACAGAUAUCGUGCAAGAUAUCAAUAGUGACGAUUGGGACUAAAUGUAAUUGAUUUUACAUGUAUAUGACAAUAAAUAGAUAUCAGUUUUAAUUUUAUAAACGAAGUAAUACUUUUUCAGAAUUCAAUGUAUCGUAUAAUAAAUGUUUUUAUAGUUUUAAAUAACGAAAAAAAAUUACGUAAUUGAUCUAAAGUUAAAAACAAUAUACUUUUAUUAAUUUAAACGUGUAUUAUUCCAAAGAUAUAUUUCAAUCUUCUAGGUAUAAAUUUUAUUAUAAGAUAGAUAUUUGACGUUUAACAUACGGCCAUUUCAAAUAGAAAAACAGAUUAUCAUUUAUCUGAGAUAUCUCUCGUCAGACAAUUUUUCGACUUCUAUCGUUUAUUGCAUAUCGAUAACGUUUAUUAUGAUAAAAUGAUAAAGUUGUUUAAGAGAAAUUGUGACGGUAUUGAAUAGGUGCUAUAACUUAUGUGGUGUACAGCAACAGCCACUGAUUUCUAAGGUGUCGCUUUCUGAUAGUCUAUUUUUACCGAAGACGACCCAAGGCAGUCGGGAAGUUGGUAUAGCGACGGCUAGGCGCUAUUAUAAAGCAUCCUGUGCUUAUGCAGUAAUUCAUUCAAGUGAACGUUACAGAUAAGAAAAAAAAAAUUGAAGGAAGAAGAAUCAUAGUGUUUCAAUUGUUAAGAAAUAAAGGUAGAGGCGACGAGAAAAGCUUGACCAAGCAUCGAGCUUGUCCUUCGAACGAUUGAGCAUUUGGGCGACUCCAUUGGAAGAGGAUUCGAUUACGUAUACACAAUAACACGAAGCGGAACGUUUUGAGCAACACGUACAGUUCGUACAGAGUCACGUCCGAAAAUUCGAAGGAUGCAGAGUACCAGUACAGUGUGAAUUACGCCCUCUGAUAGGCACGAUCCUGUGAAGAGGAACUUUCUCGAGCAUCUUACUUCGAAAAUACUGCAUUUCGAUAUGGAGAGCAAUGGAAGUACACCGGUCAAUUUGCAGAAAUUACUCACACCCGCCGCAGAUUCUCAGGGAGUUAUGCAAUCCAAAAAUAG